AUGGCAUCCACGCGGAUGAAACUGCGAGUGCGUCGUCGUGACAACAUUGCCGGGGGGAGCAGCAGGAGAGCAGGAGGAGCUGAUGGAGAGGAGGAGAGAAACAGAGAGAGCACCAGUAGGAGCAGCAGAAAGAAAGCCGCUACCGCCGCCUCCACCUCCUCCUCCUCUACCUCAGUACGGAUGGUGUCGGCGGAGGAGACGUCCCCGGACUCCAAAUGCCCGAUCUGUCUGGACCGCUUCAACAACCUGGCCUACCUGGACCGCUGCCUGCACCGCUUCUGCUUCCCCUGCAUCCAGGAGUGGUCGCACAACAAGGCCGAGUGUCCUCUCUGUAAGCAGCCCUUCACCUCCAUCCUGCACUCCGUCCGCGCACAUGAUGACUUCAAGGAGUACACCCUCCGGCCAGCGCCUAGCAACGGCAGCGUGGCUGCCACUGUCGCCAUGGUGGCCGCCAUGGCGACAGCAGCGCGGAAUGAGCAGGAGAUGAGGCUGACACUGAGGAGGAGAAGGGAGGGGGUUAGGGGGCUGGAGGGAGAAGAGCCCACCGCUGUGACCAGGAGGAGUAGUAGUAGAAGGAGGAGGAGGCACGGGCAGGGAGGGAGGGGCAGUCAGAGGAGGAGAACAGACGAGUGGUACCUGGCUCCUCCUGUACCAGCCACGCCACCCCUGCUACCGCCCCCCUUCUCCCCCAUUCUGGGUGAGGAUGAGGGAGAGGACCUGGGGAGGCGAAUGGAAGGAGGAGUAGAGGAGCUGGGGGGGAGGGGGGUGAUAUUUGAUGGACUGACAGGUCUUGAAGGGGUGGUAACCCCCGUCAACCUUAACGACAGCUCGACGCGGCGACUGAUGACGCGGCUGGCUGCCCGGCGGCACUUGCAGCGUGAAGGAGGGAGCGUCAGGCAGCUGAGGGACAGAGAGAUGCUCAUCUUCCGCCGGGCGCUCUACCGCAGUGGGAUCCGGGUUUGUGGGGUUGCCGGGGUCGGCGGUAACCACGGACAACAGCAGCAGCGUGAUGUCACAGCUGACAGCUUUCGUCGGAACCCUGCCCACCUGAACAGACUCCGCCCCUGGCUCCGGAGGGAGCUGACAGUGCUGUAUGGUGCCCACGGCUCCCUGGUGGACAUUGUUCAACGCAUCAUCACCGCCCGCCUUGCACGCUAUGGUCUGGAGGACACGCCCACCAUAGAGGAGGAGCUGAGGCCUUUCCUGUUGGCAAGGACGGAUCACUUCCUGCACGAGCUGUUGAGUUUUGCACGGUCACCCCUAAGUUUGGAGAACUACGACCUCCAGGCCGCGUACGAACCCCCGGCGACCGCCACGGACCUGGACGGCCAGAUCAGCUCCGCUGAUGAUGACUCGGUCAUCGCCAUCUCUGAGGGAGAGGAGGAGGCGGGGGAGGGGAGGGAUGCAGGAGGAAGUGGAAACGAUGACAUCAUCCAGACUGGUAGCUCUCUCAGCCUGUCGGCUUGGGACAAUGAGACCCCGGGUCCAUCCUACUCCACCUCCAAGCCCUGCGAUUCGCCGGCGUUGUCGUCCAUAAGCCCCAGGAGACAGGAGGGAGCAAAUGGGGAGCCUGGAGCUGAGGAGAAACGAGAAGAGCCGGAGGGGGAGGACGAGUGUCUCAUCGUUGGCUAUGUGAAGCCCAUGGCAGAGCGGACGCCUGAACUGGUUCAGCUCUCUUCUGACACCGAGGAGGAGAAGGAGGAGAAGAAAGAGGAGGAGAAGAAGACUGAGACUCUUCCUCCACUGCCCUCCAUCGUUCCCUCUCUCCCUGUAAUCCCUCCAUCCACCUCAAAAAACCAACCAGAGGAGAGAGAGACAGACAGACCGAGGCAGGGCAGCCAGCAGCGCUCACGUGCACGCUCCAGGUCACGUGCACGCUCCAGCUCACGUGCACGCUCCAGGUCAGGUGAGCGCUCCAGCUCACGUGCACGCUCCAGCUCACGUGCGCGCUCCAGGUCAGGUGAGCGCUCCAGGUCACGUGCACGCUCCAGCUCACGUGCACGCUCCAGGUCAGGUGAGCGCUCGCGGCGGCUGUCCUGGUCAGGCAGCUCUGAUGGAAGCGGGUGCGGCGGGAACACGGCGUGUGUGUUCAUACACACCUCACCAGGAGAGCCCAACGGACAGAGAGAGGGAUGGGGGAGGCCUUCUAGUUACCCAGAAUGCUCCGGCUGUGAGAGACUGAGAGAGGGGGAGAGAGGGCAGGAUGAAGACGGCGGGGUUCUGGGUGCUGCGCUGAGCCCAGACCGCUUGCCCUAUGGCGAGAUGUUCCGGCGCUCCUGCAGCUCCUCCCAAUCCUCCCCAUCCCUAGACUCCCCCUGGGAGCCCCCCCAUUCCAGACCGGGCUGCCUCUCCUCCUCCCUCUCCCCCUCCCCCGCAUCCUCUCCCCGCUCCACCAUCAUCCGGGGAAAUGCCGGUGCCCACGGUGACAAGCCAGGGGGCAAGAGGAAGUACAAGAGCCGUCACCUAGAUGACGACUAUACCUGGAAACCAAGCAGCGGUCGCCAUGGAGAUGGCAGGAGGGAGCAAGGAGAGGAGAGGAAGAGGAGAGAGAGGAGGAGGAGGAGGAAGAGAAGAGAGUGUCUCAGGGAGGACAGCGUUAGUGAGGAGGAGAGCAGCAGCAAGAAGAGCAGGAGGAGGUGCAGCAGCAGGAGGUGCAGUAGCAGUCGGAGUCCCAGUGUGGAGAUCAUCUAUGAACGUACCGUCACGCCCGCUCCGCCUCCCAGCAAACGCCGACGCAGACGUCGCAGGAAGACACAGCUCAGCGGUUCUCCAGUGGUCAUCACCAUCGAUAGUGACAGUAGCCAUGACGACAUCCACAACAGUUCCCCAAACCUUAGAAACCAGCAGCCGAUGGACUUCUCCAUUUCUACCCUCCCUCCUCUCCCACUAGUGGAGGCUGACGGUAUGGGCGGUGACCUGGACGCUGACAUCAGCAAGCUCCCCAUUGACAUCCUGGAGCAAGGAUCUGAUGGAUCGGAGGCCAAGUCUGACAUCCAAUCAAAGCCCGAAACUCCCGUCGCCCUUGACAGCAACGAUGACGGCAGUAGUCAACACGGAGAAUUGCCUCAAAACGAUGACGGUAGACCAGCUGAAGAGGUCAUUGGCACGACGACCUCCGCCAUCAAUCAAAGCCCGCUGGAGGGCCCGUUUACAGACCAAGAGAGGCCUUGGCCAAUGGGAGACAGAGUUACAGGGCAAGUGACAGACAGUAUCGCUGUGCCAGACAAAGAGAGAGAGACAUUUGGUACCUCUCCAGCAACAGGAGCUGAAGUGAGUUUGGGGGAGAGGGGGGUGGAGGUGAGAGAGAGAGGGGACAGAGAGAAACGAGUGGAGGUUGAAAAGAGCAAUGCAACAGUUGGGAUCUCUGACCGCCGUCUCCUAGCAACCAUCCUUAAUGACCUGGCGGACAUUGGCAGGACUGGACUGGACCCUUCACUGACCUUUGACCCUAGAAAAAGGCAUUUUGGUGCUGCCUGUGCUUUGGGGGUGGGUGGCGGCGGUAGUGGAGGUGGGAGGGGCCUUUUAACCUCCGGAGGUCCCGACUCUGACCGGGAUGCCGGGCCUUCUUCCCUGUCCACCCGGACGGAAGAGAUCCAGGCAGUUGCCCCAGCCAAAGAUGACGUCACAUCAACUACUGAGUCCAGCACCCCACCUCCUGCUCCUCUUCCUCAGUGUGAGGAGGUCAGAGGUGAGUUUCUCCCUGUGAGUGCUGUUGGUAAGAAACUUUCCCCUCCAUCACCUCCCAGUCUGUCUCCAGUCUCUCCUCCAGACACCCAGUUAACUUCUGACCUCCCUGAAGACGACCUGUUUGAGUCGACCAAUAAUGCGCCUUCUUUCAGCCAUGCAGACCCUGCCCACCACGGCGGGACGCCCUCUGCUGGUUGUGUGGGCAGAGCCAGACUGUCCUGUGGUCUCCUUGAUGCAGCUUUAACUCCCCCUCUCCUCCUUCACUCCUCCACCUCUGGAUGGAGAGACACAGCAACUGGCUCUCGCACCUCUCAGCCUUCUUGCCUGUUGGAGCGUCGUUCCAACAGGAGUGCGCCUCCUACAGUCAGUGCUGGCAACUCACUGAGUCCCACUUCUACGACAUCUGGCGACAUUUGGAAAGCCAUGAACUCUGCGUCAUCUGGCGGUCUUUCCAGAGAGACACCGGCUCAUAGAGACACCACUCGCCAUCAUGAGUUCUCAUUUCCUGUGAUGAGAAACCAGAGCCGGUCUGAAGGCGGUCUGCUGGACAGACCAUCUUCAUCAUCAUCAUCACCCGCCAAGCCACAUUCCGCCAAUCACCUCAGCAACCCAAUGCACAGCCGCCACCUGCUAUGGUCGUUAAACCCUGAGGAAUCUCAGCCGUCUGUCCAGACGUGGCUCCACAGUCUGCCUCCACUGAAGACCUCCGCCCGACACUCGGCCCCCAGCUCCACACUGGAGCUCAGCUCCCCCUCAAAACCUCGCAGAGGCUCUCACUUUUACGCUGGUCGCCUCAUAGACAAUCAUGUGGCUCCGUCGCCGCCUGCUGGAGAGCAGUGGAACUGUCGUCGGCUGAACGAGGUGCGUUUGGACACACAGUCGACUGGCGAGGAGCGUUCAGCAAGUGUGGGCCGUCUGCCCGCCAGCGAUGACUGA